CGCCUGCCCCAUUCAAGGGAUGGCACAUGUACCAGCACUGCUGCUGCUGCUAGGUGCAGUGGUGGCGGGUGCGGUGGUGCCCUCACCUCCCACAAUGGUGAAACAGCCCAAGCACGAGCAACUCUACCAGGUGUCACAGUCUCAGGACGAGCUGGACAAGCCGUUCCUGCUCGAGUGCGAAGCUCAGGGCCACCCAGAACCCACCUACGAGUGGACGAAGAACAACAAGGAGUUCGACUAUGUCUCGUAUGACAAGCGAAUCUCGCAGCAGCCUCGCCGCGGCACACUCGUCUUCACCAAACCGGACGACGUAGACGAAGGACUGUACCAGUGCCGCGCGACCAACCUCCACGGCACGUCCGUGUCCAACGCCGUGUUCCUGCGCAAGGCUGAACUGAACAACUUUGCAGAGGAGACCACGAAGGAAGUCUACGUGGUGGAGGGCGACCCUCUGUCGCUCGACUGUAAUCCUCCCACGGGUUACCCGCGCCCGAACAUCUUCUGGCUCAUACAGUACUCGAGCGGUGCACUCCGCAAUGUCAACUCAUCGCGGAUCACUGCUGAUCCCGAGGGUGACCUUCAUUUCUCGCGCGUCGAACUGGGUGACGCGCUUUCGGAUGCCGUGUACACGUGCAGUGCCACAUCGGUGUUCAGGCGAGAGUACAAGAUUGGCAACAAGAUUCAGCUGAAAGUUGAGCCAACGUCAAGCGCAGGAAAGGCUGAGCAUGCUCCUGUGAAGCAAUACCUGUCGCCACCGAACCUUGUCGCACUUAGGGGCCAUGAGCUGAAGCUGUACUGCGUCUAUGGUGGCACGCCGUUGCCCCAGAUCUCGUGGUCCAAGCGAGGCUCUAAUCCCACAUCACGACGCUUCACCUACUCCAACUAUGGCAAGACGUUGGAAAUCCGUUCGGUGAGCUUUGAAGACGAGGGCACGUAUGAGUGCCAAGCUAACAACGGGGUGGGCGUGGCCCAGACACAUGCAAUGCAUGUCAAAGUGGAGGCAGCGCCUUACUGGCUGCGUGUGCCUGACAACACCAACGCGGCGGAAGAAGAAAGCGUCAGCUUUGAGUGUGCGGCUACAGGCAUACCCGAGCCUAAGCUGCAGUGGUUCGUGAAUGGUGUUCCCGUUGAGAAGGCCGAGCCAAACCCCCGCCGCAAGGUUGAAGGUACCCUGCUUACCAUCGAGGCACUUACCAAGCGUGACACAGCCGUCUACCAGUGCAACGCCUCCAAUCCUCAUGGAUAUGCCUUCCGGGACUUCUAUCUGAAUGUGCUGGCGCUUCCGCCGACCAUCACAGAAGCACCCGAACAGCUGACGCUGGCCGUGGUAACAUCGAGGGUGACGCUGCGAUGCCGCGUCUUUGGGGCCCCGCGACCCGAAGUGAAGUGGAUGAAGGAAGCACAAGAGCUGACCGGAGGGCGAUACCGUGUCCUUGACUCGGGCGACUUACAGAUUGACGACCUACUAGUCACCGACCAGGGCGAAUAUACCUGCUACGCCAGCAACAAAUUCGGUGACGCUUCAGCAUCUGGGUCACUAGAGGUCAAAGGCAAAACGCUCAUCACACAGCCACCUGAGAAUUACGAGGUGGCAGCAGACAAGAGUGCAACCUUUCGGUGCAAUGCAGAAGCAGAUCCAAGCUUGGAGCUCAAGAUCGAGUGGCUUUUCAACGGCCAGCCUGUGGAUCCGGAAGCAGACGCGCGUAUGGUGCAGGCGGGUGACAACUCGCUCACCAUCACGCGCACCAUCGAGCUCGACUCGGGCAUCUACACUUGCGUUGCACGCACUGAGCUCGACAGCGACCGUGCGCAGGCUACCCUCACCGUCCAGGACGUGCCCAAUCCACCACAGAUGGUCAGGAUCGACUGCGACGGUCUCAUGGCUCUCGUGGAGUGGAAGCCAACGGGAGAUCGGCGAGCUCCAAUCUUGUCCUACUCCAUCCAAUAUAACACCUCCUUCAGUCCAGAUACUUGGGAAGAUGCCUUCGUGAACAUACCUGCCCCCGACACCAAGUUCAAGGUGUCCAUGAGUCCCUGGGCAAACUACACGUUUCGGGUGGUGGCUCGCAACAAGAUCGGGCCCUCGCUGCCCUCAGGGGCAUCGUCGAGGUGCACGACUCCUGAAGACGUGCCACACAAAAAUCCGGACCGUGUCAUGGGUCGGGGGGACCGCUUCGAUAACCUGCUCAUCACUUGGACACCCAUGCCCCCUAUAGAGCACAAUGCGCCUGGCUUCUUCUACAAGGUGCUUUGGAAGCGCGAUGACAUACCCGACGCCACGUGGAGCUCUCGGAUUAUUGAGGACUGGAAGCUAAACCGCCAUGUCGAGUAUGGACAGCCCACGUUUAAGCCGUACCGCAUCAAGGUCGAGGCCCACAACCGGCGCGGCCAGGCACACACGGCAGCCACCGAAGUGAUCGGGUACUCAGGAGAGAACGUGCCAUUAGCUGCGCCUCAGGACUUUAAGCUGGCCAAUGUUGUUGAUGCCCGCACAGCGAACUUCACUUGGAGUCCGGUCAGCCCCGAGUCAGUGCGGGGCCACUUCCGUGGCUACAAGAUCCAGACCUGGACUCCUGACGAAGGCGAGGAGAAGCUGCGGGAGGUGGUGGUGCCGGCAAACGUGACGACUGCCACGGUCAGUCUGUUCCGGCCGUUCUCGCGCAAUCUCGUCCACGUUCUGGUGUUCAACGACAUGUACAAUGGUCCCCCGUCGGACAGCAUAGAGUUCUCAACACCCGAGGGUGUUCCGGGACCCGUCGCUUCAUUCGAGGGCAUCCCCAUGGGCUCGACGGGCAUCUACUUGCUUUGGAAGCGCCCUCUGGAAACCAAUGGUGUGCUGACGGGCUACCACAUCUAUUAUGAGGAAGUUCGGGGCACCCAGCUUGGUCCCAAGAUGGAGCGCCAGCCGCCCGUGCGCGACCCCCUGGAAUCGCGUGCCAAACUGGCGGGACUUAAACCACGCACGAAGUACCGUAUUACCAUCCAUGCAGCUACUGCGCAAGGCCAAGGUGAUCCCAAUUUCAUUGAGCUGGAGACGGCUGAUGAGUCCGAGCGUGUCCCUGACAUGCCAGACUUUACCUGGGCCUACUUACCGGACCGCGAUGGACAUGCAGCUGUGCAGGUGACAUGGUUACCAGCCAUGGCGGGCCACCCGGGCAGCCACUUCUAUGUUCAGUACCGACGAAAGGGUGACGAGACGUGGGAGACCACCAUGGUGGAGAAGAACGAGGACAACAUCCUGGUCAAGGGCCUGGAGACAGGCGCCCUGUACGAGAUGCGCGUCAUUGCCGUUGAUGGGAAACACCAACGACCUUCGCGAACCGAGGAAGUCGAGACUGGAGGACUUGCCAUCCGGGCGCCAGGCAGUCCCGAUGCCGUGGCCGGUGCAGCUUGGUUCAUUGGCAUGAUGUGUGCAUUGGCCCUGCUUCUGCUGCUUCUCAUCCUUGUGUGCCUGGUGAAGCGUAACCGUGGUGGCAAGUAUUCAGUCCACGACAAGGAAGUGGCCCAGGGUCGUGACCUUGAUUAUGACGGUGGCUUCCACGAAUACACCAAGCCUGCCCAGCAGGCCCCGGUGCGUGGCAGCCGGACUUCGCUGCACUCUAGCACCAAGGAGAGCGAUAGCGACAGCAUGGCCGAGUAUGGAGAGGGUGACCCGGGCCAGUUUGGGGAGGAUGGCUCCUUCAUCGGCGAGUACGGUCCCAAGCAGCGCCGUCAGCUGCAGCAACUGCAACAGCAACGGCCGCCCGAGACCACGUCUCCUUCGGCAUUGGCCACAUUUGUCUGAAAGCUCUCUUUGGCUUUGCUCUCUCGCUAUCUCUCUCUCCACUGGCUGCACCCAUUCCAACUGUGCCUGUCAUCCCGAAUCCCAGCUGAGCAAGGUUGAGAAAGGCGCUAAACGCUGUGGCCAAUACGUCAGCCCUCCAUUUUGUGGGCAUUUUGCAUCACUGCCUUCGGCAUAGCCAAGUGAUUCUCAACAGCAGCAACAUCUUUUAGGGUAAAUUCAUGAAGUUGGCAUUCAGACACUGCUUCUAACUAAGGACUGGCGCUGCGCCGUGACGCUGUAGGUUGCGUUAAACACUUUUAGUGUUAUUCCUGUCUGGGGUGUGCUUUUAGCAGUUUCGGAAACAUACAGCAUUUCCUGUGUUCCUCUUUAAUGCUAGUGAUAGAAAAACAUUGGGUAUGGACACCGGUGAAAGUAAAGCAACACCUGCUUGAAUAAGGAAUGCUGUUGAGCACUCCUAGAAAGUUUCGAUCGCUUUUUUGUCAUGUAGUCUGGUCUUACGAUGAUAGUUGCUAAGAUUCUUAAGGCUCUCUUCAAUGGCACUGCGUGGCCGGUAAUACGUUGAGCCACACUCCUGUCACCAUCUGCCUGUACAUAGAUAGCUUUAUAGGUAGGUGCGUGUUGAACAGUUCAUGUGCAAAAAAACAAAAAAAGGGGGGGGGGGGCUCAUACUGACUUGAUUAUUGUGAGCCAGAACUAUCGUCUGCAAAAAGUUGACUCCCUUUUUAUGUUGUCUUGUCCCUAAACAAUCAUAAUCUAACAUGCAAGUGCUUUCUUUUCAACAAUGUGCUUAUGGUACUUUUUAAGUCACGAGCACGUUGAACACAUCAAUAUAGUGAUCCUGGUGGGAAAGUAUCGGGCGUGCAGCUAUAAUGUAAAGAAGCUGACGAGGCAAAUAGCAAUCGUUUUACAAUGUUGUAUUUUAAAGGUUGUAGAAACGUGGUCACCUUGAAAAGAUGACACCUGCACAGUGCUUUGAAAGUGUAUCGCAACACCACUGUCGAGAACUUAAGGGGUACGCGGACUAUCCAGGUGUGCGCUGCAUGCGGUAUGGGGUGCAGCCAGUGGGAGAGGGCAGCGCGCUGCUGGUUGGCUUCUUCGCGCUGUUGCGGGCAACCCUGCGCGGGCCCCUGGCACAGAAUAAAGUUACCGUCCUCCGCGGUCACAAGACCCUGAUGAGAGGAGUGGUUGAUGGAAAGGAGGGGGGCCCAAGCACAGACCCGGGCUUCAGCCUCUUGCAGUGCACAUUCCAUUUUAGAGUCUUCUCUAGAUAGGCCUACUGUGUUCCUUUUCAUGUCCUGUUCAUUUCUUUACAAGUCCUUAGCAUCUUCAAGAGGCUAUCUGCGCUGUUUUUAGUUUGUACAUAGUGUAAUGUGCGUUUUUCAUGUUUUUAGAUGGCACCACAAACACAAAAAACGUAUUGCAAGAAGGCAGCUGCUCUAUGCUAGCUGAUCUCUGUUUCUUUGUGCCCAAAGCUUUGAAGAAGGGCUGCCAGUGUUGUUGUGUCGUCCUUAUUCAUUGCUCGGGAGGGAACUGCGGGAAGGGAAGGGUAAGGCCAGGUUCUUGUAGCUAUCACGCUACAUCACGUCACCGCAAAGGUACUUGGUGUACACGGCGAGAUGUCUUUCUCAUCAGCUUGUCGAAAUGACGGAAGUGUCAUUAUCUGACUCUCUUGCCAUUGCUAUUGUACCACUUUUGAAGAAACGGGGUUGAUAGAACGUUGUCAUGAUGCACAGCAAUGCCGUGAUGGAGUGUUCGAUGGCCGCAUGAAACCGACCUAAGGCAGCUUGGGUGUAUGCUUUGGCUGUCCACUGCAAGUUGAUGGUUACUUCGAGAAAGGCGGGAUGGCACGCAACUAUUUGUCCCAAAGAGGUCAAGAUCUGAAGAUCAGGAAUCUCAUUGCAAAAUGUUUGUCAGAUAACCAAAUUUUUAAAUGGCAGUGCUUCUUACAAUAGCAGGUUUUCAGCAUAACAGUCUCACUUUUAUUCAAGUCGAACAAAAAGGUGGCAGCACAGCACUGUUAUUAACGUUGAACAAAAGAUGAAUGCACGAGGUGUGCAGUCACCUGGCUGCUAUUGUGUAUUACUAGCUAUAACUAUUACAUUGUGUAUUAUUAAUGGGCAACAGUUUUGUGAGGUAUUAAAGCACAAGUGAGGCUUUAAAGUUUAUUAUCUACCAGCUGAGCAGGACAUCUACGAUCACCUACCUCUUCAGGCAGCUGAACUUAGCACAUGCUGCCUGAGAUCACUGGUUAUAAGUAUGUGAUUGCGUGAGUACCAGGAUCUGACAAUAUUCCUAAGCUCUGUGCUGUGACUCAGGUGCUCUCUACAAAAGUUUGUUUUUAUGUUCAUGAGGUUUCAAACAACUUCAUUCAGAGGCUCGGAAGUUAGUGAACGUGUAGCUUUUGAAGGCAUCUAGGUUAAUGGUACGUGCCUGAUAGACAUCAAGUGCGGUAGACGUACAAAGCAGCACCCAUGCCAUCCAGUGCAAAUGCGCAGGGCAAGCAGCUAUGACGUUUUUUCUCACUGCCUAAGCGAAACUUAAGAGCAAGUUGUCACAGUAGGGCAUCUGUUCACGAGCGACAUUAAAGGACUAGUGUCGCUGGCAUCUUUUUUUAUAUAUACAUAUAUAUUAUGUUUCUCAUGACUGCACUCCUGGCUCAUUUGGCAGGGCCUCGUGGUGCAACGGGCAGCUGUGAUGUCACGCUGCUCCAUUCAGUUACCCAAUGGUAUUCGCACUGACAGGCUGACGAAUCUCAUUUUUGAGUUGUUUUUUUUUUUUUUUGCCGAAUCUCAUAUUUUCUUCCAUGUGCAUGCGUUGUGAGUCAGCUGUUUCAUAUUGGAGUACCUUUCUUGCCUAGUGGUAGGUGUACACGACGCCGCACCUUCGUUUUUAGAUUUCUUAUUUUUGUCCCAUCCCACGUCCUUGUGCGCCAAUGAUGUCUGCUGUGUGGUAGGUAACUAUGUGUCUACUUUUACUAUGUGACGUGGUGUACAUCGUUUUGCAGAUCUGUAUUUUGAGCUUUGUGAGAGACGGCACGAUUGAAACAAGUUGUGUUAUUUUGCUGGAAGAAAAUAAAGAACUGGCAUUCCGCUACAGA